CCCAUUGUCCGGAUUCCAUUGUUGUGAGACGGAGAGAGCUCUGUUUUGUUUAGCUUUUUUUUUUUUUGGCUGUAUAUGAACCGUUAAACGGUGUCCAGUUGUGAAAGAAGGAGCCAUUAUAUUUUCCCUUCUUCUUCUUUCCUCAAAUACCUUUCUCGGCGGGUUUGGUUGGAUAUCCCCCGCCCUCCAAUUUGGAUUACCAGAAAUCCCCAAACUGCUCCGUUGGGAAGUGUGGCAAAUUUUCUUCAUUUUAUUGUCCGGGAGGGAAACAAUUUUACAUCCGCCCUUUUCCGAGGUUCUCCUUAUCUUUCUAUCUUGUUGCGAAGAUUUUGGGUUUCUGGGUUAAUAAAUUGCCACCGCCCAAAAAUGGUUUGUUUGGUAGCAAGAACUGGAAGGGAAUUGCAGAGGUACAAUCCCACGGGCGGCCGUCAAGUCGUCGGAUGCAUUCCAUACAGAUUCAAGAACUACGAUGAUGGGUCGAUUUCUGAUGAAUUGGAGGUUCUUGUUAUCACAUCUCAAAAGGGUGGUUCAGGAAUGAUGUUUCCUAAGGGUGGUUGGGAACUUGAUGAAUCUGAGCAAGAAGCUGCUUCAAGAGAAUCGUUUGAAGAAGCUGGAGUUCUUGGCACAGUUGAGGAUCAAUUGGGGAAAUGGAACUUCAUGAGCAAAAGCAAUGGCAUAUUCUAUGAAGGGUAUAUGUUCCCUUUGCUUGUGACUGAGCAGCUCGAUUUCUGGCCAGAGAGACAUGUCCGCAAAAGAGUUUGGUUGAGUGUCGACGAGGCCAGAGACGCGUGUAAGCACUGGUGGAUGAAGGAAGCUCUCGAUGUAUUAGUGGCGCGGCUAAAGUGCCUAAACCCAGAAGACAACGAAGAAGAAGAAGAUGGACAACAAGAAGUAUUAACUUGCACGCUUAGUUAGCCAAGUACUCCUCGUGUUGUAUAUACAUAACCAUUUGACGGUCACACAGCAGCAGGCAAGUAAGGCUUUUCCCCAGUUUUGCUUUGAAACGAGGCAGGCUAAGGGAAGUUUGUUUUGAUUGGAGGAAAGCUGGUUUAGGACAGACAGCUGAGAAAAGAUACACCAUCCAACCAUUACCGUAGAAGUGUUGAUAGGAGAAGAAUGCUGCUAAUGGGUAUUCCUUAGUGUCUUGAUCCAGAAACAAAAAAAAAAAAGUCUCCCCAUCGGAUGUCUUGUAUGCAAUAUCAAAGUACAGUGAGGAAAAGGAACCGGAAGAACUUGCGAGGAUGUACAUUUUGUUCUUUCUUCUUUCGAGUCGAUUUGAGUUCCAACUUCAAAUUUGUUUGUACCAGUUGCUUCAUUCCCGAUUUUCCAGAUAUAUAUAUAUAUAUAUAUUAUAGAAAGCCCUUCUCACCUUUUCCCUCUGUUCAGUUCUCUUCUCUGUCUUAAAGCUUUUUAUCUUGCUGAAGAGGAACCCUGGAAGCUAGGCUAAAUCUCCUCGAUCACUAUGAGCCUCCGAACAGUCAUAAUUGUAGUUUCAACUUGGUCGAUACAAAUAAAAAUGAUCUUCAAAA